GGCUGUGCUGUUUGUGUCAUCGUUUUUGUGGACAGCUGCUCCUCCGAAAUCAUCUUUUUUUUAGCACCAACAAGUAGACAUUGCAAGAAGUACGAACCCACCGGCAAAGGUGUAGGUCACUCCAUUAAAAAUUCUAAAUUUGAAGACGUCUCAGCUGCUUUAAGUGCUCCCCAUGUGCAUCCAUUGCUGCCGCCUGCGCCGGACACCGUGUCCCCCAAUCCCCUACAGCUGUCCCCAUUGCCCGGUGCGCACCAUCUCCAGCAGCUGUCCGCUGAGCCGUCGGUCCUCCAGUGCAAAUCCCUCUCUGUUGACCAGGCCUGAAGACCCGCCAUCUGAUCCGUGUGACACCUUGCCAGCGCGCUGGCUGGAGGUCAAUCGUCGGGUGAUUUACGGCCUGGCUAAGAGAAUAAAUCGAUCCCCGGAAGCAGCUCACUAUGCGGUGCUACUUUUGCUAUACGCCAACUAUGGAAAAGUGAUGAUGAUAGAUCGAAAACGUCGAUCUUUCCGGUUACCCAAAUGUGACACCUCGGAGCAGGAUAUAUUUCCUACCAGAGGAUCACUCUUUAAUGACGAUGGCUUCAUCGCUGAUCCGAUGGCCCCGGAAACACUUGGCAAACUACUUCGCAUGUUGCAGGACUAUAUCUCCAGGUUGAGGCAGCUGAACUACAAGUUUAAAUGGUAUCGAAAUGGCGAGGAUCGAGAAGAAAUACUCUGUCUAUUGGGCGAACAGGAUGAACUAGUGCGUCUGCUGAGAUCACUCUUUGGGGACAGUCGUGUGGUCUCCAUUCCACAACUGCUGCGGGCCCUCCACGACCUGGACUUGAAUUAUUUUUAUGGCAAGUUACCGUUGGUAAAGUCGCCUUGGCCGGUAAAAAGUAUAUCUAAACUCUAUUCGGAGGUGGUGGACCCCUACAAAUCUAAGAAAAAUUCAUCGGAAUGCAGUAGCAGUAAAACUUCAGAAAAUCAAAUCCAAGAGGUAACAAUACACACAAUCAUUUCUCCAAAAAAACCACCACCCAAGCCCCACAGUAAAGGAAAGAAGAGCACGGGCACAGAGCGUCCGGGUGGCAGGAGUGCUAAGCAUCGAGUGCGUCACAAGCACAAUGAUGAACAGGUGAUAACACUAGAGUCCAUGGCCAGAAAAUCUCCUCCUGCCUACUUGCCACCUGAGAUGCCGAGGCUCCUCUACGAACCUUAUGACUCAAGGAAGAGUUCCACUUGGCGAUCCCGCUACUCGGGAGCCGAGCGACUGCUUUCGGAUGGUCGGAUUGCCAAUCGACGUGUGGGGCACUACAUGGACACGGAUAAGCAGUGGGAACUAAACAAAGUGCAAGACGCGAAGUGGUCCGUGGAAAACGAGAAGGACUAUGGGGAUAUGUUCGGCGCUGAUAUGAAAAGGAGGAGAAGCACGCGAAAGAGCUUGAUCGGCGACAAAAGAAAAUCGUUAGCCGACAGAUAGCCAGGUUAUGGUUAUGCCAACUGAUCCAACUUUACAGAAGCUUGGAACAGUUUGUCUAGCCAUUGGUGGCUCUCUCGGGUCCAUAUAUUUUUGGCAAGACAAAAAAUUUUGAUCUAUAUGUGUGUUGUUUUAGUAUUUGAGGGAUAAGUACACAAAAAUAUAAAUAUUUUAAUUAAAAAGCUAUGAGUGAGUCAAUUAAAGCCCAUUAAUCUUUUAC